UCUGUUUUAGCUGUAACCAUGGCGUCGAUAUAUAUUUUACUAAGUAUGUUAUUCAGUGCAGUUGUUAGUGAAAGCUAUAAUUAUAGUGCAUUAGAAGUAGAUAACUUUAGUGAAUCGAAAGUGCUGUCGAGGAGAAAGCGGUUUUUGGUGUAUCCAGAAGGAAGUUCGUUGCAACUUGUGUUCUGCCUUUCGUUCCCAACGAUCUUCGACAUCGGCGACAUCUUUCAAUUCGGCUACACGGCGGCGCUGGCUUACGAGUUGCCACAGGAUCCCUACUCACCUUAUGACCAUAGGGCUGAUCCCCUCCAUCGAAGGGUUGACACGAAGAUGAUAUACUUCACUGAUGAUAAAGGAAAGGUGUUAUGGGGGAAGCAGUACCAUAGGAAGCCCCUCAUAAACCCAGCGAUGGCGAAACGAAGCCUCCGCAAAAAUGCCGACAGGAAACUGAUGCACGCCUCGCAACACAAACGGAGGUUUCUGAAAAGCAUGGACGGGCGAAGUGCAGAGUUUCACCGGACCGCCCGCGCUUCGCUUUAUCCGAAAAUCGAGACGGUGUUGCAGGCCAUUGGCAGCAGCGGAAAAGACUGUGUGCUGAGAACCUUGUGUCAUUUUGGCCAAACACAGCACGAUCCCCAAGGAUCGUUCUUAGAAGAAAUCAUGAGAGCCGUUUUUACUUUACCAAAAGGCGAGGAUUCCUUCGAUUUGGAAGAGUACGACAAAGCGCAUUCCGCAACCGAAUCCUGCGCAGAGCUGUAUCCGGACUGUGAUGAUAUCGCGACAUCAGAUCAGACUUUUUCUUCGACACUUGUAUUCUGCCUCACAACAACCGCCCUCAUCCCAAUUGCCGACAUCUUCCUGAUCGGCCAAACAGCUGCUUUCGCAUGGGCAAUGCCCACGGACCCUGCCAUCUUCCAUAUGUUCAAGGGAGAGAAGGUUGCUGAGCGCAGGAAUGACCAUCAGAAGAAUAUCUACUACUUGAACAGACAGGGGGAGGUUAUAGCCAAAGUGCCUUAUAAGAGAAAACCCAUCAACCCAGUAUUCACGAAGAGAAGCAUUGAAGUCAAAUCAACAUACAAAGAGAAGUUAAAAAAGUUAAAAAUCGAUCGAGCGAAAAUGCACGAGACUCAACUAAAGAAGAAUUAUCUAGAGAAACAUCAACUAGAUAAAAGGUCCAUAGAAUUCCACAGAAGCAGCCGGUUGAGUUUACUAGAGAAGCUAGAAACUUUCUUCAGUGCAUUACCUAAGGGUGCCUUGGAAGAAGAGUACGAUGAAGCGCACGCAGCGACCAAGGACUGCGACGCGCUGUACACGUGCGAUGACUCCUCUGACUCCAAGGAUCUUUGA